UGGUGUUCAUGAAAACGUUUGCGGUUGCUCGAUGGCUGCGUUCUUUCCCCGCGCUCUGCUGCCCUCUUGCAGUGCGGAGCGGUGGUGAAGACGGUACUACAGUGUAAGAUGGCGGCCGGAGGCAGGCUGCAGCGAUCUGCUCGUUUUUAACGAUUACGGCGGAAGGACGCGGGGACGGCAGACGUCACACAGGUAACCCGCAUACCAAAGGUCCAUGACACGCGCCACAGGUCCAACGCUGAGAAUCUGCAGGCUGCGAUGCUGUGACUGCUGACUCUGCCCGCUUUCUGAGGAGGACAUGGCAGCCGAGCUGUUCUCCACCAGUCUCCCUCAAGACGAAGAGGUGGAGGUUCUGGAGGUGAAGAAGAGCUUCAUUCAGGUGAGCGACCUGCAGCUGACUGCCGAAGAUAUCUGUGGAGACAGCGGCAUUGCUGCCUCACAGCCAAAUAACCAUGACGGGAACCCGGAGGAAACAGACAGCUGGCAAGCUUCCCACCCCACCCUCAGAGAAAGGAACGCUCUGAUGUUCAACAAUGAGCAGAUGGCUGAUGUCCACUUCAUUGUCGGUUCUUCAGGAGAGACUCAGACAGUGCCUGCUCAUAAGUACGUCCUGGCAGUGGGCAGCUCGGUGUUUGGAGCCAUGUUUUAUGGAGAUCUGGCAGAGGGACAGUCUGUGAUCCAGAUCCCUGAUGUUGAGCCGGCUGCUUUUCUCAUCCUCUUAAAGUACAUGUACAGCGAUGAGAUUGAGUUGGAGGCUGAUACGGUGCUCGCCACGCUGUAUGCUGCUAAGAAGUAUAUUGUCCCUGCUCUGGCGAGGGCCUGCGUAGCCUUCUUGGAGACGAGCCUUGAGGCAAAGAAUGCCUGCGUGCUGCUGUCUCAGAGCCGGCUGUUUGAGGAGCCGGAACUGACGCAGCACUGCUGGGAGGUGAUCGACGCUCAAGCUGAACUCGCUCUGCGCUCUGAAGGUUUCUGUCAGAUCGACUUGCUCACGCUGGAGAUAAUCCUGCAGAGAGAAACACUCAACACCCGCGAGAUCGUGGUGUUUCAGGCACUGCUGUGCUGGGCGGCGGCAGAGUGUCGGCGGCAGGGCUUGACAGUGAACCCCAGGAAUCAACGCACGGUGCUUGGUAAGGCCCUGUACCUGGUCCGAUUCCCUUCCAUGACACUGCAGGAGUUUGCAGAUGGGGCAGCGCAGUCGGAUGUGUUGACGCUCAAAGAGGCCCACGACGUCUUUCUGUGGUUCACUGCUACCAACAAACCCAGGCUGGAAUUCCCCACUGUGAAGCGGGCGGGGCUACUGCCACAGAGGUGCCACCGCUUCCAAUCCUCAGCCUACCGGAGUAACCAGUGGCGCUACAGGGGGCGCUGUGACAGCAUCCAGUUUGCCGUGGAUCGCAGGAUUUUUGUAGCUGGACUUGGUCUGUAUGGUUCCAGUGGUGGGAAGGCAGAGUACGUUGUGAGGAUUGAAUUGAAGAGGCAGGGAACUGUUCUAGCCCAGAAUCUCAACAAGUUUCUGUCAGAUGGGUCAAGCAGCACCUUCCCGGUGUGGUUCGAGCACCCGGUGCAGGUAGAGCAGGACACCUUCUACACAGUCAGUGCCGUCCUGGACGGAAACGAGCUGAGUUACUUUGGCCAGGAGGGGAUGACUGAAGUGCAGUGUGGGAAAGUGACCUUCCAGUUCCAGUGCUCAUCAGACAGUACCAAUGGCACUGGGGUGCAGGGGGGGCAGAUCCCAGAGCUCAUCUUCUACUGUUGAACUGGACCCAGGGACUCAAGCCAACAGGCAGGAAGUCGGAGCCUGGAGCUCAGAUUCAAUCAACGGACCUGGCAAUUGGAAAUUGGCAGCUGAUUGAACAAUGCCGUGGACCUGAGAGCUGAUUGGCUGUCAGGUUUUUAGAAGUGUUUGGUGUAUAUUAAAGUCUCCUGAAUAUUUGAGAAAAUGAAUAAAGGAAGUUGUAGUUUUUCUGCUGCUGCCACUAGAUGUGGCUAUGUGGUCUCACAAUGUGGGGGAUUUUCAACUUUUUUUGUGCUGUGGAUAAUGAAUUUUACUUGUUGUGUUCAAGGUCACAUGUGUAAAAUGGAAAUAAAAAAUUUGAAUGCAACAACAAAUUAUUUCAAGCCUGUAUUCAGUAGAAAAGCAUUGCAGACAAAAAAUAUAAAGUUGAAACUGAUAAAUGUGA